GAUUCUGCUCUUGUUCAAACAUCAGGAACCGAAGUUUACACACGACUUGAGCUGUGACGACCUUCACCAAACUUUCUUAAGAUGCAGCCUUGCGCCAGCUUGUCGUUCGCAGUAGCCAUGUUGGUGUGUCUAGUGCCCUUCUCUGUCGCCGGGGCGCGUCCGUUACCACGAAAGCUGCAAAGAGCACUGGAUACAUCAGACUCAGACUGUGGUGGGGAGAGAAGUGGUGAAGUCGGCACCAUUCUGUCCCCCAACUACCCCCAGAAUUACCCGGCCGGAAAGCUGUGUGUCUGGCGCAUCACUACCGGCAUAGGCCGGACAAUCAAGAUCACAUUCAACAAGUUCCACACCAUGGGGUGUAAGGACUACGUAGGCGUCUAUGAGACAAAGGGAGAAAGUGUGCUACCUCUUGGAGGAGGUAAACUUUGCAACUCAAAGAAGCCCUUCAACAUUCAAUCGAAAACAAACGUAGUUUUCGUGGUCUUUAAAAGCAACAACAAAGGGCCAGGCCAAGGAUUCAACGCAACAUACUCAGCCAGUGGCUGUGGAGUCCCUGUCAUUGGUCCGAAUCCAUGGUCAAGGUUGGCAGCUGGAUCCGGACGCAUUGUGGGCGGAAAUGACGCAAGACCCGGAAGUUGGCCCUGGCAGGUGUCAAUCCGAAGUUGGAUCGACGGGAAAUACCACUUUUGUGGGGGGACGCUAGUGGACAAGCAGUGGGUUGUGACCGCUGCGCAUUGUGUGGACGGCGGCAGUAAGCCGUAUUUGACCUUUGGGGAGUUCGACCGUUACCUUAACGACGGCACCGAAAAGACGAUCUUUACGGAGGAGAUCUUCAUCCAUCCGGGCUACAAUAACAGCCUCCUAACGAACGACAUCGCCCUGUUGAAGAUGACGUCACCGGUGACGUACACAGCCUACGUCCACCCCGUCUGUUUGCCGGAUGCCUCUAUGGAGGCAGAUGUGGGGGCCGUGUGCACAAUUACUGGAUGGGGCCGUUUUCUAGAAGGUAGCACAACUGCAAGGCGCCUGCAGCAGGCAAACGUCCCGAUCGUAAACAGCACGGCCUGCUCGGAGAUGUACGCCCAGCUGGCCGAGCGGGGGGAGGGACUCCACACGAUCCACCCGCAGUCCAUGGUGUGUGCAGGGUAUCCGGAGGGAGGGGUCGACUCCUGUCAGGGUGACAGUGGCGGUCCUCUCGUCUGUCAGUCAUCCACGGGCGCUCAUUGGCUGCAGGGGGUUGUGAGCUGGGGGCACGGCUGCGCACGCGCCGACGCCCCAGGCGUGUACGCCAGAGUUCCCUCAUUAGCUGACUGGAUACGGCAAACCAUGCAAACAAACUCAUGAACAGUGCAACGUCCUGGAGUCAUCAUUGGCAACAUUGACGUCAACGAAUGACGAGGGGACCCUCAAGUCGAGGUCGCUUCCACCUUUUCGGAAGGUAAAACUACAAUUAAAGACCAACAAAAUCAAGCAGGCUGUAACAAAACCAACUACUGACAACGACACCCUUAACUUUUCCGGGAAAAGCUGAAUUCUGUACGACACUACUCUCCAAGCAGAGGUUGUGGGGAAAUGAUCGUUAGCUUUUUAUACAUGGCCCGUUUUUUUUUUGUCGCAACCCGGAUUGAUUGCGGUUUGAUUAGGUAACAAUUGCGUAUUAAUAACUUUAUCCGAUGCGGCUUUCUGCAGAUCCUUGGGUCGCGCAUGGACCCUCUCUGACCAAUUGGAUACUGCCUGGCCAAUUUGAUACUCUAUUUUUGCGGCCC